AUGCUAAAAAGUUGUGUGAUUUUAGUCCUUUUUGCAAUAAGUUUGAAUUAUUGUCAGAGAAACUUCAGAUAUUGUUAGAGAAAUAAUAAAAUAAAAGCAUUAACGAGAGGCUAUUAUAAAAAUGUCAUCAGUUAUGACGCAAGUCCUCUUUUAACUAGUCGAAAAUAAAAUUAGUUUGCAGGAGUUGGAAAUGAGAUGGGGAUUCUCUUUAGAAAUGAAAUAUAUUAAGCAUCAUCAAAUUAACGAGGGACAUAUAUCAGUUUAGGCUAGUCAAUAAUUAUAGAAUUACUUUAGGUUUAUGAAUUAAAUACAUUAAAAAUUGUGUUGAGGAAUGGAAAUAUCAGAACAUAUGAUUUUAUAGUUUAUGCAUCAGAUUCUAAUGAAGAAAUAAUAAUAUUUGAUUCAAUAACUAACUAUAUUGAAGUUGUCACAAUCAAAUUUCGAAAUUAACUUGUCAAAUAUUUUCGAAUUUAUAACCGAGGUGGAAAUUCUGAAGCUCCUUUUACACAUAUAAUAAAGGUUGAAGCUUAUUUUAAGAUUUGA